AUGGGUCAAGCAGUUAGUUCAAACAAUCCUCUUGAUUACAAAUUUGAUAUCCCAAAACCGUAGUUUAAUAAGGAUGACCUCCAACAAUUACAAAAUAAUGAAUUAGAAAGUAUCAAAAAUCUUAGAAUCUAUACUGACAUGAAUAUUGAAGAUGAUUAAUUUAAUUUCAAUCAGAUUGAUUGCUUACACUUUGAAGAACAUGAUUAAGGAUCAGGAGCCUAUUAUUAUGGUUAAAGAGUCAAUGAAAAAGCUGAAGGUUUAGGAAUUUAUGUCUUUGAAUAAGUUUAAUCUGGAAUUAAAUAUGCUUUCGGUAAAUUUUAGAAUAAUUUACUUGAUGGAUAUGGAUUAGCAAUAUAUCAUGAUAAUACUUAUUAUCAUGGUUAAUGGAAAAAGGGAACUUGUGAAGGGUUUGGUUAUUUCACUUCUAAAUGGGGUGAUUUCUAUCUAGGUAUAUGGAAAGAUGGUGAAUUUGUAAAAGGAAUUUAUAGAACGUAUAAUCAAAAUCUUUUAUUUUAGAUCAGACUUUGAGUAUUUAGGAUCUAUUAGAAAUGGUUGUUUUAAUGGACUUGGAAGAUGUUAUUAUUUUGAUGGAGCUAUAGUUUAAGGAUAUUGGCGUGAUGAUUAAUUAGAAGGAUUUGCUAAUCAUUACUUUCCAAAUAAGGACAAUUAUGUAGGUUUCUAUAAGAAUUCUCUUAAACAUGGAAAUGGAAUUUUGUAUGAAAAUUCUGAAUAAAAAAUAUAUUAAGGACAAUUCUUUUUUGAUCAUUUUCAUGGUGUUGGAAAAGAAAUUCUCAAAGAGGAUAAUGUAUUCAUUUCUGCUGUUUUUAGAUAAGGUAAGCCUUUUUUACUUUAUAAUAAAUAAUGGUAUCAAAAUGAAUAAGAAGGUGAUUCAGUUUGGUAGAUAACAGAUUAUGAUGAUAACUAAUAAGAAUGUAUAAAGGAAUUAUGUUUAACAAGUGAUUUUAAUUUUGAAGAAUAAAUUCCACAUGAUAAGCAUAGUUCAGUAUUAAUUUUCUUUAUAUUUAGGAUGAAAUUUUUAAGGAGAAUGAAAAAUUAACCAUAGCUAUUGAUGAAUUAUUGAAGGAAUGUGAGGGAUAUAAAUAAUUAUAUGAAAAAUAAGAAAGAAGACUAAAAUAAUUGCCAAUUUUACAUAAGCUUUAAAAAUGGCAUUAUGAAUAAAAUUAAGAUAAGUUUCCUCAACAUUUUAAAGAUUAAUAUUAAAGAUUUCUACAAUAAUAAUAAUAAUAAUAAUAAUAAUAAUAAUAAUAAUAAUAAUAAUAAUAAUAAUGA